CUGUGCGCGGCGGUGAGGAGGAGCCGCGGUGACUGAGGCCGGAUAUAUGCCGGGACAGCGCCCCUUAAUGGCGACAAAAGCCGGGGUAGAGGCGGUCAGCUGCUGUGAUCACCACUAGGGGCGGUUUGAUGACGUAAAGCUGUAACAGCCCCUAUCCGUCACCGCCUUCUAUGUGGUUGCUAGGCAACAGGGGGACUUCCGGUUUCGGGCCAGCGCGUUGUCUACCGGCCGGCACCAUGAAUAAAGAUGCUCAGAUGAGAGCUGCUAUUAACCAGAAACUCAUAGAAACGGGGGAGAGAGAACGCCUUAAAGAACUAUUGAGAGCAAAACUAAUUGAGUGCGGAUGGAGAGACCAGCUGAAGGCACAUUGCAAAGAUGUGAUUAAUGAGAAAGGAUUAGAACAUGUUACAGUGGAUGACCUGGUGGCUGAGAUCACUCCCAAAGGCAGAGCCUUGGUGCCGGACAGUGUGAAGAAAGAGCUGCUGCAGCGGAUACGGGCGUUCUUGGCCCAGCACGCCAGUCUCUAACCCGUUUCCCUCUUUUUGUAUAUGAAAAAUGUCUCUUGUUUUUGCUAUUUGUUUUCCAUUUCCAACUUGUUUUUUUUAUGGCAUAAUUUGUACCAGGUAUUACCAAAAUAAAAUCAUCAUGCCAAAUGAACGCCCUCCCAGUGGAUGCUGCAGACUGUAUUGUACCCAGUCAGAUAAUAACCCUAGCAAUAUUUUAUUCUGAGCGCGAGUUGUGUUCUGCACUGAAGUCUUAUGUCCAGGAUGCCGUAGCUCAGACUCAAUAUCUUUUUAUUUUCCAUUUAUAUUUGUUUCGUGUUAAUAUUAAAGGUUGUAUGUAUAAGACUA